AUGGCGGCUAAAACCGAAGAUGGACAGAAAAAGAGUCGACUGGAUUGGCGUAAAGAAAAGGAGUUAGAGGAAGCGAGAAAGGCUGGUACGGCACCAGCAUUGACGGACGAAGAAGGAAAGGAUAUCAAUCCUCAUAUUCCACAGUAUAUCUCACAAGCUCCUUGGUAUUAUGGCACUUCAAGACCAACCUUAAAGCAUCAACGGCCACAAGAGGAAAAGCAAAAGCAAUUUUCAGGGAUAACUGAGUGGUACAAAAGAGGGACUGAUGUUAUACCAGCUGCUACUAAGUUCAGAAAGGGAGCCUGUCAAAACUGUGGAGCCAUGACUCAUAAAAAGAACGACUGUCUUGAGAGACCCAGAAGAGUUGGUGCUAAGUUCAGUGGAGAGGAUAUUAAAGCUGAUGAACACAUACAGCCUCAGCUUUCAUUUGAUUAUGAUGGUAAAAGAGAUAGAUGGAAUGGCUAUAAUGUUCAGGAUUACAAGAAAGUUGUUGAUGAAUAUAACAAAUUAGAGAUGGCCAAACAGCAUUUAAAAGCAGAGAGACUGGAAGAGGAACUAGCAGAAGGAAAAAAAACAGAAAUUGUGGAUGACCCAGACAGUGAAGAUGAAGAUAAGUAUGCAGACAGGGCUGACAUGCCGGGACAAAAAUUUGAUACAAAAAGACGAACAACAGUCAGGAACUUAAGAAUCCGUGAAGACACUGCAAAGUAUUUAUACAACCUGGACCCCAACUCAGCAUAUUAUGAUCCAAAGACAAGAUCAAUGAGAGAAAACCCUUUCAAGGAAACAGAUGCAACUGCAAACAAUGUCACCUACUCUGGGGAUAACUUUGUUCGAUUUUCUGGAGACACACAGAAGAUGGCUCAAACACAGUUAUUUGCUUGGGAGGCAUAUGAGAAGGGAGCUGAUGUCCAUCUUCAGGCAGAUCCCACCAAACUUGAGCUGUUACACCAAGAGUACAGAGUAAAGAAAGGUGACUUUGAACAAGACAAGAAGCUUACAGUACUUGAGAAGUAUGGAGGUGAAGAACACUUGAAUGCUCCUCCCAAAGACUUGUUGUUGGCCCAAACUGAGCAUUAUGUUGAGUACUCAAGAACUGGAAAGGUCAUCAAAGGUCAAGAGAAGGCAGUUGCAAAGUCCAAAUAUGAAGAGGAUGUGUACACAAACAAUCACACAAGUGUUUGGGGUUCAUACUGGCAGGAAGGAAGAUGGGGCUAUGCUUGUUGUCAUUCCUUUGUCAGAAAUUCCUACUGCACUGGGGAAUCUGGUAAAGCUUCGUCUGCAACAGGGAAUAAUCCACCAAUUACAAGUGCAGCAAGAAUGAUUCAAGAAGCAGAAGAAAAUGGGAAAACAUUACUUGAGCUUCAUCAAGAAAAUCGCAAGAGGGGCAAGAAAAGAGAAAAGUCAGUUGAUGAAGAUGAUGAGGAAGUUAAAAAGGAAAAGCUAAACAAGGCACUAAGAAAAGAGGAACGGAACCAGAAAGAAGCAGACAGACUACUUGCCAUGGAUGAACGAAAGAGACCGUACAACUCUCUCAAAGGUGAUUACCAUGAGGUUACUGAGGAGGAGAUGGAAGCAUAUCGCAUGAAGCGUCGCCAGGAAGAUGAUCCAAUGAAGGACUUCCUUUAGCCCACUUUGCGAUAAACAGGGUGCCAUAGAGAAGGCUAAACAGUGACUUGACAUCUUCCAAGCAAAAGAUUAUGUGCUUUACCUUGACUCAAACAGUGUCAGUGAGUUCUAAGAUCAACUUGCAACAGCAGUCACAUAAUGCUUAGUCAUAAGGAUCCUUCAGCAGAUGGAAAGACUUUAGCUUGUGGCUAAUGAUUCAAGUCCCUCACUUUUUUCUGUCUAAUUAUAAUUUUAAGAAAUGAGGGUGAGACUUAAAAAAAUUAUGCAGAAUCUUAGAUGGAAAUCUAGAAAAAAUAGGGUUUGGGAGACCUGAAAGAUGUACUUCUCCAAUAGACCAUUCACCACUCUGGAGAGUAAAUGAUGACUUGUAUUGCUUUGCAUGCAAAUAUACAUAUGUAGCUGGGAACAGGAUUUCAUUGUGUGGUCCUUAAAGAAUUGUACAGAGACACCUGGAAUUACAGUUAAGUGAUGAUUCAUGAUGUGUAUGUAGGCAAGUCUCACAGGAAAUCAAAGACACAAGAGAACAUUUUUGUUAAUCCUUCAUUUGUACUGGUAAAAAAAAACACUCCUGUAAAUAAACAAUAGUUCCAAGGAGUAAUAAUAUGCUUUUAUGCACCUGAA